AUGGCUUCGCGGGAAAUGGCCUUUGCUGUGCAUUCUAUUGAGAUCUUACUCUCACUAGAUAGCACCAGCAAGGCUGUUUCAACACUUAAUCUCAUGCCGCUUACGAGCAUCCUAGUAGGAUUUCCGGGAGCUAUCCACUUAGAUACGAUGUACGUAUUAGAAUCAAUGUACAAUUUCGUUCAGAUUUCUUGUUUCCUCAUGUAG